CUUUGGUAUAAUUCUUUUCUCUGCCGUGGUCCCCUGGAGCCCCCCCCUUUUUUGUUUUUUGGUUGUCUCUUUUCAUCUCCUGUACUGUCUGCAGUCUCUGGUCAUCCCCUGCACUGUCCACAGUCUCUUGGUCAUCCUCUGUACUGUGUCCGCAGUCUCUGGUCAUCCCCUGUACUGUCCGCAGUCUCUGGUCAUCCCCUGUACUGUCCGCAGUCUCUGGUCAUCCCCCUAUACUGUCCGCAGUCUCUUGGUCAUCCCCUAUACUGUCCGCAGUCUCUUGGUCAUCCCCUAUACUGUCCGCAGUCUCUUGGUCAUCUCCUGUACUAUGUCCGCAGUCUCUGGUCAUCUCCUGUACUAUGUCCGCAGUCUCUGGUCAUCUCCUGUACUGUCCACAGUCUCUGGUCAUCUCCUGUACUAUGUCCGCAGUCUCUGGGCACA